AUGCCUAAGAAGAUGAAAAAUGCAUACGAGAUGACUCUUAAUGAUGACAACACUUUGAGUCCAAUAAUGAAAUCACAACCAGUCAUGUUUUCGGGUCAAACUAGCAAUGUUGGUGCAACGCGCACAAGUGUUAGGAGCAGCAGUGCUGCUCUUGAUGCAGCCAUCGAACAUGAAAUACGGAUGGGUACAUUAGACCCCAACAUGGACAAGAAAGCCAUGAGAAGGAUCAUCUCAAAUCGUUAUGCUGCAAAGAAGUCUCAUGACAAAAUGAUAAACAAAAUGCAUGAAUUAGAGAAAAAUCGAAAAGACUUGGAGAACACUAUAGCUACCCUCCAACCUCAGAUUGAACAUGAAAGUCAACUUCUAUCCCAUUUGAGGAUUGAGAACCAACUGUUGGCCCAGCAAUUGCAUUUUCAUAUUGAUUUAAACCAUAAGAAAGAAGCCCAAAUUGCUGAGAAAACAAUGGAGAGACAAUGGUUGAGGGGAUUACUCAACAUGCAAGUGCAGCAACAACCUGGCAAUGGAGGAACUGAUGUGUUUGACCUUCAGGAUUUUGACCCUAAUAAUUUCCCAUAUGUUUCCAAAUCUCAACCAUAUUAG